AUGUGUAAGCAGGAGAAAAUAAAAGGUCUUACGGUACAUCAAAAAGCAAGAAUUCACAAUCCGACUAGAACCGCAUUGGAAAAAAUUUUAAGCGUCCUGAACAAAACCAAGUACAGUCUGUGUUUUUCAUCUGGUCUGGGAGCUAUAACGGCCGUUGCUGCGGGUUUGCUAAAAUGUGGGGAUCAUAUCGUAUGCACUGAUGAUGUAUAUGGGGGCACUUCUCGUUUGUUCUACGAAAUGCUGCCACCACUGGGAAUAAAAACUUCGUUCGUGGACUUUUGCGAUAUGAAGAACGUUGAAGAGGCCAUCACGCCCCGAACUAAAUUGAUCUGGACCGAGAAUCCCACGAAUCCGAAACUGAAAGUAAUCGAUAUGUGUCGAACAGUCGAAGCAGCCAGGAGUCACAAUAUCAUGGUGGCCGUAGACAGCACAUUCCUUACGCCUUACUUGCAGACACCGAUUGAUUAUGGAGUUGACAUCGUAGUCCAUUCAUUAACUAAGUACAUGAAUGGCCAUAGUGACGUUAUAAUGGGAUGUGUAUGCACAACAAACGAUGAUAUAUAUAGGAAACUCAAGUAUGUCCAAGAAUAUUUCGGCCAUGUAGCAUCGCCUUUUGACUGCUCUCAAGUAAUCAGAGGAAUAAAAACUUUACCAUAUCGGAUGAGGCGGCAUCAGAAAAGUUCCUUGGAAAUCGCCAAAUAUUUGAUGGGCCACCCCAAAAUAGAAUCAGUCAUACACCCAG